AUGAUUGACCAUGGGUCAUCUGCCAACAUCUUGUUCAAGAGUACCUUGGAAUGGAUGAAUUUAAGCAUCAGAGAUCUGGAACCAUGUGAGAAACUACUGUAUGGAUUCACAGGGAAUGGAAUGGCCCCAACAGGAAGCAUAAGGCUGCCUUUGACAGUGGGGAUGGCACCUAAGAGCAACAGAGUAAUGGCUUUGUUCAUAGUAAUCGACAUCCCCUCUCUGUACAAUGCCAUGAUAGGCCGACCAGCCUUGUAUGACCUCCGAGCAGUUACAUUGGUCUUCCAUCUACUCGUCAAAUUCCCAACCCGGGCAGGUCCAGUCAAAGAAUUAGAAGAAGUCUCUCUUGACCCAAAGCACCCGACAAAGGUUGUCAAGUUAGGGAAAGAGUUUUCCAAGAACAUAAGAUUCGCCUUGAUCCAGUUCCUAUGGAACAACCAAGAUUUAUUUGUCUGGUCUCAUGAUGAUAUGGUGGGAAUCAACCCAGCCGUUAUAAGCCACGCCCUCAACAUUGACACCGAACACUUCAAACUCGUACAAAAAAUGAGGUUACUAAAUCCAACGAGGGAAAUUGCAUUAAAGGAGGAGGUGGAGAAGAUUCGAAAUAACAAUUUCAUUAGGGAAGCAUUCUACCCAUUAUGGGUGUCCAAUCCUGUAUUGGUACAGAAGCCUAAUAACAAGUGGAGGGUGUGCAUAGAUUUCAUAGAUUUAAAUAAAGCAUGCCCAAAGGACUACUUCCCACUUCUGAGAAUUGACCAUCUUGUAGAUUCUACAGCCGGCCAUGAAAUCUUAAACUUUAUGGAUGCCUACUUGGGGUACAACAGAUUAGCAUGCAUCCACCCGACCAGAAGCACACCAACUUUUGCACAGAUGUGGGGCUGUACUGCUAUAGAGUUAUGCCAUUCGGCCUGA